GCAAGGUGACACGUCGCGUCGUUUGUUUACUUUCGUUUCUAUUUAAAUUAUUUAUUUAAAUAUAAGAAAGCUUGUGUUCAUUUUAACUUUAACCGUGUGCUCUCGUUAUAAACAUUUCAUGUUAAUAUGUCAAAAAAUAAGCAAGCAUCCCCGCCUUCUCAAAGUAAUAAAAUCUGGUGGAUUACAUUCGGCAUAUUGUGUGGAGCUACAUUCCUGACAAGAUACUACAAAGUACUGGAACCAGAUCAUGUUUGCUGGGAUGAAACUCAUUUUGGCAAAAUGGCUAGCUGGUACAUUAACAGAACCUUCUUCUUUGAUGUUCAUCCUCCACUUGGGAAGAUGCUUAUUGCCCUGUCUGGAAAGCUGACAGGCUAUGAUGGAACAUUCCCUUUUGAGAAACCAGGAGACAAAUAUGAGGGGGCCAGAUAUGAGGGAAUGAGAAUGUUUUGUACAACAUUAGGUGCUUUAGUCAUUCCAUUGACAUUUCUUACAAUAUGGGAAAUGACAAAAUCAUUAGAUUCCACUUUCAUAGGAACCAUGUUGUUACUAUGUGAUGUUGGAUUUUUAACACUGAAUAGAUAUAUUUUAUUAGACCCAAUAUUAUUAUUUUUCAUGAGUUGCUCUAUCUAUGGAGCUUUUAAGGUGCGCAGUUUAACAGAUGAUGGUCUGGAGCCGUUUUCCCCACACAUGAUAAUCUGGCAGUUGUUCUUGGGUACAGCACUGGCCUGUACCAUAUCUGUCAAGUUCGUAGGACUGUUUGUGGUGCUUUUUGUUGGACUGAGGACCAUAGCUGACCUAUGGAAUAUUCUUGGCCAAUUGGACAAGCCUGUUAGUCUGACUGUGAAGCAUUUAUUUGCCAGAACUAUAACACUAAUAUUGUGGCCAGCUGUGCUCUAUGUGUUCUUCUUUUGGAUCCACCUGACUGUUCUUAGUAAAAGUGGCAACGGCGAUGGCUUCUACUCGUCCGGUUUCCAAGCGCGGCUGGAAGGUAACAGUCUGCACAACGCUAGUGCGCCGCGAAUCGUGGCUUACGGAGCCGCCAUUACGUUGAAGAAUCACCGCACUGGAGGCGGCUACCUGCACUCGCACUACCAUCUGUACCCUGCUGGGGUCGGGGCGAGGCAGCAGCAGAUCACAACUUACACGCACAAAGAUGACAACAACCGUUGGAUCAUAAAGCCGUACGAUAAGGAACAAGUUGAUGGUGUGGUGAUAGUGCGCAGCGGGGACUUGGUGCGACUGACGCACGCUGCAACAGGCCGCAACUUACACUCGCACCGGGAGAAAGCGCCGCUCACCACCAAGUUCUGGCAGGUCACGGGCUACGGAGAGAAUGGGAUUGGAGACGCAAAUGACGUGUGGAAGGUAGUAAUCACGGGAGGGAAAGACGGUGACGAGGUCCAGACGGUUAGGAGCAAACUCAUGUUCGUGCACUACUUGCAGGCAUGCGCUCUAACAACGAGCGGCAGGCAGCUGCCUAAAUGGGGCUACGAACAGCAAGAGGUGGCCUGCAAUCCCAACUUAAGGGACAAAAACGCUCUGUGGAACGUUGAAGACAACGUCUUUGAGGACUUGCCAAAAAUGAGUUUCGAAGCGUAUGCUUCUGGCUUCGUGGAGCGAUUCCUGGAGUCUCACGCAGUAAUGCUGCAGGGGAACGCAGGACUGAAACCUAAAGAAGGAGAGGUCACCUCUCGGCCUUGGCAGUGGCCCAUCAACUAUAGGGGUCAGUUCUUCUCCGGCAGCGCUCACAGGAUCUACCUGCUGGGCAACCCUGUGGUGUGGUGGACUAACUUGGUGUUCCUGGCUGUGUUCUUCGUCAUUUACAUCGUCAACGCAGUCAGGCAGAAGAGAGCGGAGGCUCUUGGCAUACGUGCUUUAGAUUCAGAUGCAGCGAGGGCAAGCAAGAUGCAAGUUCUUCUCAACGCGGCGGGCUGGUCUGUCGCGGGCUGGGCGCUGCACUACGUUCCGUUCUGGGCGAUGGGACGCGUACUAUACUUCCACCACUACUUCCCCGCGCUCGUCUUCAGUUCCAUGCUCACUGGUAUCCUCACGGAAUACUUGCUGAGCAGCAUCAGAAGCUACUUGAACGCAGAGCUGGGCAGAACACUGUACCACUGCAUCGUCGGCCUGGUUAUAUCCACGACGGUCUACAGCUUCUAUCUAUUCUCUCCGCUGGCGUACGGGAUGACCGGGCCGCUCGCAAGCGAACCCAACUCCACCAUGACUGGCCUGAAGUGGCUCGACUCCUGGGAGUUCUAAACAUUACUGAUUGUCAUUUGUCACAACUUUGAAGUUCUAAGCAUCACUUACUGUCACGACUAAAGACUGAAUGUUUAUAAUAAUCUACUCAAUUUAUGCCAACUUUUGAGAAAGCCACUGUAUGUGUGCAGCGUUUUGCGUAUUUAAUGUUUAUAGGCUCUUCCUCAAUAUAAAAAUGUGGUUAAAAGUCAACGCCAUGCCACGCAUAGAGUUUGAGAAGCUAGAAAUUAUAAAGGACACCACACUCUCGACUGUUGUUUGUGAUAAUGAGUAUGGCAACUUUUUGACGAUACGUAAAGAUGAAAUUUAAUGUAAUAUAUGUAGCUAAAAAAGUAUACUUGUCUCAAACUCUGUCUGUAUUAACAUUCCUUUAACGACUGCCAUACAUGGCAGCAAACUUUAUGUCUCUCUCUUUUCUAAUCUAUAAAUUAAAUACACCGCAUGCAUUUAUUAGUAAUUAUCGUCUAUGAAAUCAUAGAUAGUUUGAAAUAUUACACCUAGUUCAAUAAUACUCAUUAUCUAUAAGAUAACUCAUAAAAAAAGGUAACCCUUAGUUACAGUGUUACUGAUCGGUUUUUCUCCCAAUGUGUCAGUGUUACAUUAAAUGGUGUAACUCAACGGGAACAAAAGAAGGUAAAAACAGUAAAAAUCCUAGAAUCUCUUGGUGGAAUUGAUAUUUUAUUAUGAUAAUUAAGAAAUAGAUUAUGUCUGAUUAUGAAUGAGUAAUUUACUAAAUUAUAUUUUUAUGAAAAAUUUACAUAUUGAUUGUCGUUAUUUUUAAUGCUUGAUUUUAUUCCGUCCAUUAGUCCUAAGCUUACUUUUAUUAU